AUGGCCAAGCUGCAAAACAUUGCUCUCGAAAGGAGAUUGGAAAAUAUUACAAGAAUGGCGGAGAACAUUGAGGUUUCCUUAGCACAGAAAUCAGCGAGGCGAGCCAAGCAAUCCCAGCAAAACGAAGAGGCUGACAAGAGAAGGAUCGAGCGAGCGCAGCGAAGCCAGCAGGAACGAGACGAAGCGGAACAGAAACGAAAUGAAAGAGCGCAGCGAAGCCAGCAGGAACGAGAUGAAGCGGAGCAGAAACGAAAUGAAAGAGCGCAGCGAAGCCAGCAGGAACGAGACGAAGCGGCGCAGAGACGAAAUGAAAGAGCGAAGCAGGGCCAGAAGGAAAUUGAUGAAUUGGGACAGAUCGAUUGA